CUCUGAGCCCGCGGAGCUUCCCAGCUCAGCCUCCGCGAGGAGGAGCAAGCCGGAAAGGGGGCUGAGCGUUUUGCUCACGCGCCUGUUUUUCUCCGAGGCCUCCUACAGGUAACGACGGCCUGGUCAAAAGAGCCAGUGGAAACGGUUGCCAGGGCCGGCUAACAGCUGCUUCCGGAGGUUCCCUGGCGCUUCGGCAACAAUGGGGCCACUGGACCGAGGGAGCGCCCCUUCCGGUUUCGUAGCUUCUCACAGAGCUCCGUGGCGCGUCGCUUUUAACCCCGGAAGUGAAGUCUUCCGGGUCCCUCCCUCCCUCAAGAUGGCAGCAGCCGAAGAAGACGAGUUACCGCUGCCACGGCUGCCCGAACUGUUUGAUAUCAGCAGACGGCUUCUGGACGAAGUGGAAGUAGCGACCGAGCCCACCGGUUCCCGGGCAGUCCAAGAGAAGGUGUUGAAAGGACUCCAGCUCCUUAAGCAGGCCGCCGAAAUGUUAGCGCAGCUCGACUUGUUCAGCCAAAAUGAAGAUUUGGAAGAGAUUGCUUCCACCGACCUGAAGUACCUGAUGGUGCCAGCAUUUCAAGGAGCCCUCGCCAUGAAACAAGGCAACCCCAGCAAGCGCUUAGAUCAUUUGCAAUGGGCUCGAGAACACUUUUUAAACUACUUAACUCAGUGCCAGCACUAUCAUGUGGCAGAGUUUGAGUUGCCCAAAACCAAGAACAACUCAGCUGAAAAUAACACAGCUAGUUCCUCCAUGGCCCAUCCUAGCCUCGUUGCUAUGGCAUCUCAAAGACAGGCUAAAAUAGAGAGAUACAAGCAGAAGAAGGAGAUGGAGCGUAGGUUGUCUGAAAUGAAAUCUGCUGUCGAAAGUGGUGAAGCAGAUGAUGAGCAUGUUCGUGAGUAUUACCUCCUUCACCUUCGAAGGUGGAUUGGUAUCUGCUUAGAAGAGAUUGAGAGCAUUGACCAGGAGAUGGAUAUCCUGAGAAGAAAAGACUCUUCAAAAGAGGCAUCAACUUCUCAUUCAUCUCGUCCGUCCAGGCCUCCAAUGAAACCCUUUAUUCUCACUCGGGAUGCGGCCCAAGCCAAAGUAUUUGGAGCUGGUUAUCCAAGUCUGGCAACCAUGACAGUGAAUGACUGGUAUGAUCAGCAUCGGAAGUUGGGAGCUUUACCAGAUCAGGGAGUAGCCAGGACAACAUCAGAGGCCAAAAGAGCAGCUCAAAAAGAAGAUCAAGAACAAAGGGAGGAAGAGGAUGAUGAGCAAACACUCCACCGAGCUCGGGAGUGGGAUGACUGGAAGGACACCCAUCCUAGGGGCUAUGGCAACCGAAAGAACAUGGGUUAGCCUUCCCACAACAAGAUGGGACUACAGGGGCGCACAUCUUCCCCACAAAGGAAAGCUGUGCAGUCUUCCCCUCCCUGGGCUCCUUUCAGCUCUACCAAGAAGGCAAAGACAUUUAAUCUUGCUUUGCGUUCAAUAAAGUGUCAAGCAAUUAAGUGUGUUUUAUUCCCUAGGUGAUGAACCAGUAAUUCUUGUUUUGGCAUUAUCCUAAUCAUGUUGUAUUUCAGAUUCCUAGGUGGGAAGAAAAAUAUUACUAAGAAAUGGCUCUAUAAUCAAUGGCUGAAUGAAUUUUCCUUAAAAAUAAAGUCCUCUCUAUUACAUCUAUACAGAAA